AUCACUUCUCUCAUUAAGGAUGGGAACCCAAAGACCUCCGGGACAUUUGUUUUCAAUUAUUCAUGUUGUAGUUUUAUGUCUUAUAGCCACCGAAGUGGCGGCUGAUAAGCCUUAUGUUUAUGUUUCUCCUUCCCCGCCAUACUAUUAUAAGUCUCUCCCUUCACCUUCUCCAUCACCUCCUCAUUCUUAUUAUUAUAAGUCUCCACCCCCACCAUCUCCUUCACCACCUCCUCCGUACCAUUACACGUCACCUCCUCCUCCAAAGAAAUCUCCACCUCUUCCAUACUACUACAAGUCCCCACCUCCGCCAUCUCCCUCGCCACUACCACCAUACCACUACACAUCACCUCCUCCUCCAAGGAACUCUCCACCCCCUCCAUACUACUACAAGUCCCCACCUCCGCCAUCUCCCUCGCCACCACCACCAUACCACUACACAUCACUUCCUCCUCCAAAUAACUCUCCACCCCCUCCAUACUACUACAAGUCCCCACCUCCGCCAUCUCCCUCGCCACCUCCUCCGUACCACUACACAUCACCUCCUCCUCCAAAGAAAUCUCCACCUCCUCCAUACUACUACAAGUCUCCACCUCCGCCAUCUCCCUCGCCACCACCUCCGUACCACUACACAUCACCUCCUCCUCCAAAGAAAUCUCCACCUCCUCCAUACUACUACAAGUCCCCACCUCCGCCAUCUCCCUCGCCACCACCUCCGUACCACUACACAUCACCUCCUCCUCCAAAGAACUCUCCACCCCCUCCAUACUCCUAUAAGUCCCCACCUCCGCCAUCUCCCUCGCCACCACCUCCAUACCACUACACAUCACCUCCUCCUCCAAAGAACUCUCCACCCCCUCCAUACUACUACAAGUCCCCACCUCCGCCAUCUCCCUCGCCACCACCUCCUUACCACUACACAUCACCUCCUCCUCCAAAGAACUCUCCACCCCCUCCAUACUACUACAAGUCCCCACCUCCUCCUCCAAAGAACUCUCCACCCCCUCCAUACUACUACAAGUCCCCACCUCCGCCAUCUCCCUCGCCACCACCACCAUACCGCUACACAUCACCUCCUCCUCCAAAGAACUCUCCACCCCCUCCAUACUCCUACAAGUCCCCACCUCCGCCAUCUCCCUCGCCACCACCUCCAUACCACUACACAUCACCUCCUCCUCCAAAGAACUCUCCACCCCCUCCAUACUCCUACAAGUCCCCACCUCCGCCAUCUCCCUCGCCACCUCCUCCAUACCACUACACAUCACCUCCUCCUCCAAAGAUCUCUCCACCCCCUCCAUACUCCUACAAGUCCCCACCUCCGCCAUCUCCCUCACCACCACCACCAUACCACUACACAUCACCUCCUCCUCCAAGGAACUCUCCACCCCCUCCAUACUACUACAAGUCCCCACCUCCGCCAUCUCCCUCGCCACCACCUCCAUACCACUACACAUCACCUCCUCCUCCAAAGAACUCUCCACCCCCUCCAUACUACUACAAGUCCCCACCUCCGCCAUCUCCCUCGCCACCACCACCAUACCACUACACAUCACCUCCUCCUCCAAAGAACUCUCCGCCCCCUCCAUACUACUACAAGUCCCCACCUCCUCCUCCAAAUAACUCUCCACCCCCUCCAUACUACUACAAGUCCCCACCUCCGCCAUCUCCCUCGCCACCACCUCCAUACCACUACACAUCACCUCCUCCUCCAAAGAACUCUCCACCCCCUCCAUACUCCUACAAGUCCCCACCUCCGCCAUCUCCCUCGCCACCACCUCCUCCUCCUCCAAAGAUCUCUCCACCCCCUCCAUACUCCUACAAGUCCCCACCUCCGCCAUCUCCCUCGCCGCCUCCUCCAUACCACUACACAUCACCUCCUCCUCCAAGGAACUCUCCACCCCCUCCAUACUCCUACAAGUCCCCACCUCCGCCAUCUCCCUCGCCGCCUCCUCCAUACCACUACACAUCACCUCCUCCUCCAAAGAACUCUCCACCCCCUCCAUACUACUACAAGUCCCCACCUCCGCCAUCUCCCUCGCCACCACCACCAUCCCACUACACAUCACCUCCUCCUCCAAAGAACUCUCCACCCCCUCCAUACUACUACAAGUCCCCACCUCCGCCAUCUCCCUCGCCACCACCUCCAUCCCACUACACAUCACCUCCUCCUCCAAAGAACUCUCCACCCCCUCCAUAUUACUACAAGUCCCCACCUUCGCCAUCUCCCUCGCCACCACCACCAUAUCAUUAUACAUCACCUCCUCCUCCAUUAAAAUUUUCAUCUCCUCCAUACUAUUAUAAGUCUUCACCUCCACCAUCUCCAUCACCGCCACCCCCAACUCAUUCUCCUCUUCCAUAUUACUACACAUCUCCACCACCUCCAAAGCAUUACUAAUUAAACCCAUCUUUAAAUUGAUUUGGAAUAUCCACAAAAUAAGUUCUUUGUAUUAUUAUUGAAGUGAUGAUUUUCCAUUAUUAUUAUUAUUAUCUGUAAUAAAAGAACCUUUAUGUAAAAUAAGGAUUUUAAACAAAGAUCCUCAUAGAAGUGCUAAUUGUAUCAUUUCUUUGUAUGAAACUUUUCUUUGAGAUAUAACAUUUGU